GGAUGGGUGUGGAAUGGUUUGGGUUGGGUUAGGUAUUUAGACUUUGUGUAAAAUGGGUGGGCCUCUCAUUAUUAUUGCUUUCUUCUUUUGACUUCAGGUCUCUAUCUCUUUCCUUUGAUGUUUUUUUCCGCCAUUGUUUACAGUUCCAUCUCAUCUUUUUCCUCCAUCCUUUCCAAUUUCAUCUUUGUUGUUUCAGAAGCAAGACCGACCCACUAGUGAACUAAUUUUGACAACUUAUUUUCACUAAUUUCUGUUGAUUCAACAUCUUGGAAUUCUGUUGAGUUGAAUUUGUUGUCGGAAUACACAUGAAUCUCUAGUCAUCGUGAGCCUUGAUCACUCAUUUGAUUCGUUUCCAUCAUUGUAGAUCUUGGAUUCGUUGGCAAGCAGCCCAGCCUCUUGCUGUAACAAAGCCUGUCACUUGUCACUUGUUGCAACUAUUGCAAUUGAAGACUUUGGACCACUCUGUCUUCUAAUCAAAUCCACAUUGUAUUUUCUUCUCUUGGUCCUACCAGCUUAAACAUGGAUUAACAGUAAUCUAUCAGAAGUACGCAUUGACAGAAACAGGGCCAAAUGGAUUCGUAGACUAUAUGAUUUGCAUACCAACCCAUGACACAUUUAUUGGAGCUUGGUUUGGCGCUUGGCCAAUGACGUGUGAUUGGGAGAGGCCAUGGCAGCUUGGUGCGACUAUCUUUCCUAAUAUUUGAAGAUUAAAUUAAAGCUUCAGGGACCAAGAUAAUGGAGGUUGUUAUAGGGCCGAUCACACAAAUUCUGAAGUUCAUAAGGCAACUAUUAUGGAGAUAUGUUCAGUAUUAUAGGCAACUUAAUGAGAAUAUGGAAAUUCUCAAAAGAAGAUUGGCGGAUUUAAAUUGUCAAAAAGAAGAUGUUGAAAUAAGGUUGAGAAGAGAGUGUCAUGUGGGGAAAUUUCCUAGAGCUGAAGUCAACAAUUGGUUGCAAAAUACACAAAGGAUUAAUAAUGAAGCAGAAAAUAUUGAAAGACAAGUUAAAAAGAGGAAAUGUUUGUCACGUGUAUGUUUUGGGAUGGUUGUUGCUAAGAAGAUUGAAAUAGUGAAAGAACAUUACUGGAAUGGUGCAUUUGAGAGCUUUGUAAUUGAUGCACCUCUAGCUGUUGGAGAGGUACUACCAACAACAACAUUAGUCAGUGAAGCAACUGCAAAGAAAACCAUGAAUGAGGUUUGGGAAUUUCUAAUUGGUUAUGAGGUGAUGAAGAUAGGAGUUUGCGGGAUGGGGGGAGUUGGUAAAACAACUAUCAUAACUCAUAUCAAUCACAAACUUCUUAAGGAGACGGUUAAGUUUGAAAAUGUGAUUUGGGUUACUGUAUCCCAACCACUUGAUCUUAUGAAAUUGCAAGAUCAAAUUGCUGGUGCAUUGAAAGAACAUCUUCCUAAAAAUGAAGAUAAAAGGACACGAGCUGGAAACUUGUUAAAAAUUCUUGAAGGAAGAAAGAUCGUGCUGAUAUUAGAUGAUAUGUGGGAGGCAUUUCAGCUUGAGGAAGUGGGAAUUCCUGAACCUACAAAAGAUAAUGGAUGCAAAAUAGUGAUAACAACUCGUUCACAAGAUGUAUGUCAUUCCAUGGGUUGCAAAAUAGUACAGGUGAGGACUCUCUCAGAGGAUGAGGCAUUGAGGUUAUUCAUUGAUAAAGUGGGAUUUAAUAUUUUAGGAGUUCCAACUUUAAAAGGCUUUGUGAAACCUGUGGUCGAACAAUGUGCUGGUUUACCCCUAGCAAUCGUUGCAGUAGCUGGUUGCAUGAGGGGAGAAUAUGACGUUUGUGAAUGGAGGAAUGCAUUCGAAAAAUUGUCUAAAAGCAUACUAAGUGUCAAAGGCAUGGAAACAAAUGUACCAAGGCAAUUACAAUUCAGUUAUGAUCAUUUGAAGAGUAAAAAGCUGCAACAUUGUUUCUUAUAUUGUGCCCUUUAUCCUGAAGACUAUCAUAUCCAAAAAGAGGAACUGAUAGUUUAUUGGAUUGCGGAAGGACUAAUAGAUGAAAGGGGUAGUUUGCAAGCAACAAAUGAUAAGGGUUAUUCUAUACUGAAUAGACUUAUAAACAGUUGUUUAUUGGAGACUGCUGAUCAUGGAAUGUGCGUAAAGAUGCAUGAUCUUGUAAGAGACAUGGCAUUGCAGAUUACAAGCAACAAUCCUUUGUUCAUGAUAAAACCCGAAGAGGGAUUGAGUGAAUUACCAGGGGAACAAGAAUGGAAAGAGAAUCUUGAGAAAGUUUCUUUAAUGGGGAAUUACAUAUCAAAAAUUCCUUCAAAUUUGUCCCCAAAUUGUCGAGCUCUUUCCACUUUAUUGCUACAAAGAAACCCCCUAGAAGGCAUUCCUGAAUUGUUCUUUGUAAACAUGCUUAGUUUGAAGAUUCUUGAUCUUUCUUACACACAGAUUGCCAACUUGCCAAAUUCCAUCUCCAACUUGAAGAAUCUCACAGCAUUAUUGCUUAAUCAUUGCGAACAAUUAUCAGAGGUUCCUUCUUUAAAGAAACUAUCAGCACUUGAAAAUUUGGACCUUGGGUUUACAUAUAUAAUCGAAAUGCCGAAAGGUAUUGGAAGCCUGACAAAGCUUAGAAGUCUUGAUCUUUAUCUACCUGCACCAGUUGUGUUGCCAACUGCAAUGCUUCACACACACAAGCAUCUCCAAAAAUUAAGAAUAUAUUACGGAUCAAUAUUUUCUGAACCAGUGUUAACAUCAGAAGAGGCAAUUAGAUUCAGUCAACUGGAUACUUUUGAAGCGCAUUUUGUUAAUUUUUAUGACUUCAACAUGUAUGUCAAAUCCAUAGGUGAUCAGGCACCGAAACGUUACCGUCUCCUGGUGGCAUCAUGUUCAGAAGAAGUUCCAGUCUCUGAAUUCUUCUCUCUACCAACAUAUGAUGCUUACUUCCCAAAUGUAGAAGGUGUUAAUAAAUUUGUAACGUUAUAUACAGCUGGUGAAGGAGAAGAUUUGGUUGUGCUCCCAACAGAUGUUCAAUGUUUAAUGGUAAGAGUGUGUCCCGAAAUAAGUGACAUAAAGGAUCUAAUGCUAGGCAAUUAUCUUGAUCUUAAAUUUCUGUAUCUGAUGGAUUGUUGGAAUUUGAAGAAGUUGGUCUCACCAAAGUUGUUGCCGAAUUUACAAAACUUGGAAGUGAUUGAAGUUCAGGGCUGUGAUAAAAUGGAGGAGAUAAUAGCAUUUAAUGAUGAAAAGGAAGAAGGAAGCAGUGGCAGCACCAUAUGCGCUCUUCCAAAAUUGAGAGAAAUGCGUCUGAAAUCCCUUGGAAAAUUGAAGAGGAUUUGCAGCGGUAAUGGAGUGAUGGUUUGUGAAUCUCUCCAACAAAUUCAUAUAUCAAGAUGUGGAGAAUUGAAGAGGUUUCCGGUGUCUUUUCCCUUGCCUGCAAUUAAAGAAAUCAAGGUAAACAAAAACUGGUGGGAGUCAUUGGAGUGGGACGAUCCUAAUGCUAAAGCUUCCCUUGAACUCUUUUGUAAGUUCACCAACUGGCUUUACGACUGAAACUAUCAUGCAAAGAGAAAAGUGGAAGUAUGGACUGCAACGUUGGUUCCUCGUACUGCAAAUAAUAAAGCCAUAAUUUGGCAUGCUUUAAGUUAAUCAUGUAAAUAUUUGAAUGUUUUUGUUAUUGUUGUUUGUGAUUUGAGAAAUUGGGACCAUGAAGUGUAUUCAUUCAUUUCACUGUUUAAUAUAAUCAUGACAUGCAAUUCAAUUGUUCAAGA